AUGCCGGACGAUUCCUUUGUGAUUGAUCAUAAGUUAUUGUACAAUGAUUUGGUGGAUUUGGAGGUGGCGGGUACUUCUAGGUCCCAUUUGGAAGUAGGGACAAGUAGUGGUAGGCCGAAUGUGGAGAAUGUAGAUUACAUGGAAGAUGAUGAUGUGGGUGGACCAUUUAUGGAGGAUGGCGAUCACAUGGAAUAUGAUCACGGUGAAGAUGAUGAGGACUACACAUCGAUAAGUGAUCAAAGCGAUGAAAACCAAUCAAUAUCCGAAGGAAGUCGGGAGAGUGAUGAAGAGGUCGAAGACAAAUUCGCCACAAAGGAGAGGCACAUAUAUCGUUCCCAGGGUACAUGGGAUCAUACAAAAGUGGACAAGGAUGAUUUUCAACUUACCAUGUGGGAUGGGACAACCGCAACAAUUGGGAUAGGGACUUGUUUCAAGAAUAAGAAAGAAGUAAAAAAUGGUGUUGCAGCGUGGAACAUAGAGCAAAAGAGAGAGUUUUAUGUGAAGGAAAGUGAUGGUUCAACAUGGUCUAUUUGGUGCAAAUCCCUAAAAGAGUCAACCCCUAAGGGUUAUGUUCCUUGCCGUUGGAAGGUACGUGCCUCCUUGAGAGACCACGGUUUGUGGGAGAUUGUGAAAUGGGUGCCCGAGCACAAUUGUAUGAAUGUCACAGAGGAUAACAAUAAUCGGAAUGUGAGCGCAACGCUUAUUGCGCAUCUCAUAAGGCAUAAGGUUGAGUUGGACCCAGAUUAUGAAGUGAAGCUCGUUCAGGAAGAAGUGAAAGACCGUAUGCAUGUCGAUGUUCCUUACCACAGGGCAUGGGAGGGAAGGAGAAAAGCUAUCGAUCUUGUUUACGACGACUGGGUUUCCAAUUUUGACAUACUUCCAAGUAACUUGGUGGCGCAGUUUCGAAGUAAAAAGAUCAAAAGGUUGUGUUGGGAGAUGGGCACGAAACUUUCUAAGUCUAAAUUCAAAGAACUAAGGAAUGAGCUACGUGAUUUUAGCAAUGAUGCUUAUUUGUAUCUCGAGGAGAUUGAUGCUUGUCAGUGGACUCUUGCCAAAGACAAACACUACCGUUGGGGUAACCAGACAACGAACAUUUCUGAGAGCUACAACAACGUCCUCAAGGGCGUUCGUUUCUUGCCAAUCCGGGCUUUGGUGGAAGCUACUUUUAUUAAGACUGUGGAUUUGUUCCAGGAAGAAUACGUGAAGUCGAGGAAAUGUAUUACUCCGGUCCCAACUGACUUGUGGGAAGACUUCAAGAAAAAAGAAAAGAAAGCCGCGCAACACAAAGUCAACCGUUAUGGUGCUAUUAAUGGCAAGUUCAAGGUGAAAAGUAGAGCCCGACUUGGUUGUAAAGGGGAUAACACGUACACUGUGAAAUAUGAAGAGAAGAAGUGUUCUUGCAAGAAGUGGCAAGAGUAUAGGUUCCCUUGUACAUCUGCACUAGCUGUGUAUCGGAAGAUUAAAGAUCAACCAAUCAAUACGGUGAAUCCAUAUUUCAGGGUUGUUGCUUGGCAAGACCAAUUCAGUGGGUGCGAUGACUUUUCCCCGGUCCCCGAUAUGAGAAGAUGGCCUAAGUUAUGGGUUUGGGAGCGUAUCCCAAGACUUCAACCAAAGAGGAAGGUUAAAGAUGAGAGUUACUUGGUGCUGGACGUACCAUUAGGCAAUAGGGAUCAGUUAUCUAGCCUAAGGGAUGGGGAUUUUCUAUGGACUCCAUACACUCCCUUCAUCGACGAUCUCCCUGAUUUCUGUAAAGAGGGGGUUAAUUUCUACCUCUGUAGGACGUGGAUCUUUUGUUGGGCCAUCAGAGAACCAUACGAGCCCAAUCCGGUCCUUCGUCAAUUUCAAUGCGUCCAAACUAUGCCAGAGUACCCGUUAAUCAAUGACAUUGAUCGCUGGAAUGCGAUACACCACGGAUGCCUUGGGACUGGAAAGGCAUAUGAUGAUUGGGUGCAAAAACACACUGAGGUAUGA